AUGCCCAGAGCUGAAGAACCCCCACCCCCCCUCAAGAGCCGGAUUCUAGACGGCCAAAAAGCGAAAACAGAGACGGGAGGGAGGAGGGGGGAUCCGGAGGAGGGAAUCCUGGACAGAGCACAGGGGCGCGGGCGGCGCGGAGGCCGGUCAGGGACAGAGAACAGAGGCUCGGGAGGACGGCACCGUGGCCGAUCAGGGACAGAGUACAGAGUCUCGGGCGGGCGGCGCGGAGGCCGGUCAGGGGCAGAGAACAAAGGCUCGGGCGGACGGCACCGUGGCCGAUCAGGGACAGAGUACAGAGGCUUGGGGGGACGGCACUGUGGCCGAUCAGGGACGAGGCACUGGGACUCAGGCGGACGGCCCGGAGGCCAGUCAGGGACGCAGCACGGGGACUCAGGAGAUAGCCGCUUCUGCAGCUGUCCAGAAACAUCAAGGAGCGUAGACCUCAGCCCCGGACGUGGGGCAGGAACCGGAGUAGCCGCUGACGGGACCCCCAAUGCCGGAACAGGUGACUUCUACCGAGACCCCGACGCCGGAACUGGAGUGGCGUCUGCCGGGACCCCCGACGCCGGAACUGGAGUGGCGUCUGCCGGGACCCUCCGGCACAGAACAGGGACUGGAGUAGACACUGCGAGGACCCCCGACGCCGGAACUGGAGUGACGUCAGCCGGGACCCUCCGGCGCGGCACAGGAAUGGGAGUGAUGAGAGCCGGGACCCCCGACGCCGGAAUUGGAGCGGACAGGAGGAGACUGGGACCCAGCCAGGACUGGGGGCUGGUGCCUGUGAGCCUGCUUCAGAGGAGAGAGGCUCCCGCUGUGGACGCCCCCUCUCCAACGUCCGCCACCCACAGCAGAAACCUUUUGGAGGCUGCGGGGUCCUCCAUAAGCCCAACAGCCCCCCAGGUACGGAUCAGUGGAUGGGACUGGAGGCUGGUGCCUGUGAACAGGCUGUAGAGGAGAGGGAUUCCUGCUGUGGACGCCCCCUCUCCGACGUCUGCCACCCCCAGCAGAAACCUUUUGGAGGCUACGGGGUCCUCCAUAAGCCCAACAGCUUCCCAGGCAAAGGCAACUCAGAGAGAGGAGCUGGGCACAGACAGGAAGGGACAGUCAGACAGAGGCACAGACUCUCACGAGACAGACUGUUCAGGAGGGGUGGAAGGAUCAUAUCCAGUCAGAGAGCCAGGUGACAAGGGCCCAGCACAUCACAAGGACCCUAUUGCCAGCACCAGCAAAGUGUAUAUAUAUAUAUAUAUACAUACUAUAUACUAUAAAUAUCUGCCCCUGCUUA